AUGGUAUUUGUUAGUUGGGCCAGUGAUGGACUGAGGAUAUACGAGUUAGAUGAAAAUAAAGGGAUUAUUCAAUUGGAAUACAAAUCAUCUACAACUGUGAAAUGUUUAUCUAUCGCAAAGUCAAGCAUGUGGAUGGGUUACCUUGAUGAAACUAGUGUAGUUAUGCUUGACGUCAAUGAUCGAUCUGUCGUUUCCACUAUCCCUGUUGAGCCAGCUUCACGGAUUCAGCUAUCACCGUGUGGAAAAUUUGGAUUCAUCUACACGUCAUUUAAAAUCGACAAUGAACAUCCAUCUGGUUCGCCAAAUAUAUUUGUGUACGACAUGAUCAAUAGAACAAAGCUCAAAGAGUAUAUUUUCCGAAGAGGUGAUGGAUGGCAACCACAAUGGAAUUCCGAUUCAUCCUUUUGCUCGAUUUUUGUCAAUGGAGAAAUUCAUAUGUAUACAAACAAUCUAUUUUCUGAAAAACCGUAUACUAAAUUAUCACUAAAAGGUAUCCGCCAUUUUUCUAUGAGUACCACAAGUCAACCAAAUCUUGCAGUGUAUAUACCCGGGGAAAAGAACCAACCUUCUUUUGUCAGAGUUUAUCAGUGCCGUGAUAAUCAACUGAUUCAUAUUGCAAACAAAUCGUUUUUCCGUGCUGAUACAGUCCGACUAUUAUGGAAUGAUAAAGGAACUGAUUUACUCAUACUUACUUCAACAAAACUUAGUGAUGAAAGUUAUUAUGGGGAUCAAGGUCUUUAUUUUAUAUCAGCUAGUCGAUCCGGUGAUAGUGCGAUUGUUCCAAUGCCACGUAAAGGUCCAAUUUAUCAAAUAGCUUUUCAACCAACAAAUUAUUCAUCUUCUAUGGUGAAAAAGAAUAAAAAUAAAAAAAUUGAAGAAUAUUUUGUUGUUUGUUAUGGAUUUACACCAGCAUCUGUAACAAUAUUCAAUUUGAACUGUGAACCAGUUCAUGAUUUUGGAACAGGUUCAUGGAAUGAAAUUCAUUUCAAUCCUCAUGGGAAUCAUAUCCUUUAUUUGAUGAUUAGUUUUGAGAAUAAAUUUACUUUCAUAUGUAUGUGUACAUUUUUACUAUUGUUAUUAGCUGGGCUAGGUAAUUUGUCAGGCGAUAUGUGUGUUUGGGAUUUUUCAACUCAUGAACGUUUAUCUUCAUUUAAAACAACUGAUGUGACAAGUGUUCAAUGGUUACCAGAUGGUGAACAUUUAAUAUUUGCUACAACAACUCCAAGAUUACGUGUAAAUAAUGGAUUUGGGAUAUGGCAUUAUAGUGGUAAACAAUUAUCCUAUCGACCAGUUGAACGACGUGCUAUUCCUAGAGCAGCUACACCAGAUUUACCCGCUGCAGUUGAUCAUGAAUUAUAUCAAGUUUCAGUUAUAUUUCCAACAAAACUGGAAUCUGCUCCUGAACCGAAAAAGUUUGAGUCUGUUAAUGUAGAUUCAGUAAAUAAGCGUUCUUCGGCUUACGUACCUCCGGUUCUUCGCAAUCGUUCUGCAGUAGCUGUACAAUCAUUGAAAGCAUCCAAUAUGAUUGAUCAUGGUAAAAUUUCUACCCACUCUUUUAACAAUAAUAAUUCUAACAUUGGAAAAUUGAAUCCAAGCAAAACUAAUGGUUCAAAUCAGAAAACCGCAUUAUCUUCAAAUAAACCUGCCCAGACUGGUGUUACGGAUCCAACUUCAUCCAAUAAUAAAUGCGCUCACCCAGCUGCAUCAGACCCAAAAAACCAAAAGCAAGUCAAUCAGAUAUAUAAAAAACUGACGCAGAUUGAGAAACUAAAAACAGAACAAGCAUCCGGAAAAGCUUUGGCAUAUAACCAACUGGACAAAAUUGCGAGUGAGAAACAACUCCGGGAUGAAUUAGCUAAACUAUGCUUAUAA